CCUUUUCUAUUCCUGGAAAUCACAAAAAGUGUGGCGGCUUCGAGAUCUUCUUCGCCUUUUCUUUCUUUCCUCUUUUUUUCCUCCUCCCUUUACCUCUCCUUUCCUGGCGAGGGUGACUAGGAGCCGGCGAAUCCGCGUUUUUUUUCUCUCUCUCUCCCUCCCUUUCCCCCUCCCCACCCCCUCCCCAACAGCCCCCAACUACAGCCUCCGCCGCCGCCGCCGCCGCCUCAAAAUUCAAUAAAAUGAGCUCUUAUUUCGUCAACUCACUGUUCUCCAAAUACAAAACCGGGGAGUCCCUGCGCCCCAAUUAUUAUGACUGCGGCUUCGCCCAGGACCUGGGCGGCCGACCCACCGUGGUAUACGGUCCCAGCAGCGGCGGCAGCUUCCAGCACCCGUCGCAAAUCCAGGAGUUCUACCACGGGCCAUCGUCGCUGUCCACGGCUCCCUACCAGCAGAACCCGUGCGCCGUGGCGUGUCACGGGGACCCGGGCAACUUCUACGGCUACGAUCCGCUGCAGCGCCAGAGCCUCUUCGGUGCGCAGGAUCCAGACCUGGUGCAGUACGCAGACUGCAAGCUCGCCGCCGCCAGCGGCCUGGGUGAGGAGGCUGAGGGCUCCGAGCAGAGCCCGUCGCCCACACAGCUCUUCCCCUGGAUGCGUCCGCAAGCAGCCGCCGGACGCAGGCGAGGCCGACAGACCUACAGCCGCUACCAGACCCUGGAGCUGGAGAAAGAGUUCCUAUUUAAUCCCUAUCUGACUCGCAAGCGGCGAAUCGAGGUAUCGCAUGCGUUGGGACUGACAGAGAGACAGGUCAAAAUCUGGUUCCAGAACCGGAGGAUGAAGUGGAAAAAAGAGAACAACAAAGACAAGUUCCCCAGCAGCAAAUGCGAGCAGGAGGAGCUGGAGAAACAGAAGCUGGAGCGGGCCCCGGAGGCAGCGGACGAGGGUGACGCACAGAAGGGCGACAAGAAGUAGGCUCCAGCUGAGACUGCCAGGGCCGCGGCCACCCGCACGUCCGCCGGUCCCCUGACUGUGCCGUCGCCGCUCACCCUCGCCCGGGAGAGCUCCGGCCCCGCGAGCAGAGCCAGGAGCCGAGCCUCCCACCGCAGCGUCCCCUGCCGCGCCAGUCCCCGCUAGUGGUAGUAUCUCGUAAUAGCUUCUGUGUGUGAGCUACCGUGGAUCUCCUUCCCUUCUCUUGGGGGCCGGGGUGGAAAAGAAAAGGAUUUUAAGCAAGGACUUCCCUCGCCCUGUGAGGGUGAGCGGCCGAGGCCCGGCUGAGCACCCCCCCCCCAGCUCCCCUGUCCCUGCCCCAUGUAAAAAGCCUCCUUGUGCAAUGGUCCUUUUUUCCUUUGAAUGUGCUUCUUUGUAAUGACCAAGGUACAGAUUUCUGCUAAGUUUUCCCAACAACAUGAAACUGCCUAUUCACACCGUAAUUCUUUCUGUCUCCCUCACUUCUCUCUCUCUCUCUCUCUCUCUCUCUCUCUCUUCCUCAUUUACCCUCCCAACCCCUCUCUCCCCGCUGCCCUCCCUAGCUCGCUGGCUUUCUCUCUUGCUUCUCUCUCUUUUCCUCCCCUCCUUUGGUUUGACAAUUUCGUCUUAAGUGUUUCUCAAAAGAGGUUACUUUAGUUAGCAUGCGCGCUGUGGGCAAUUGUUAAAAGUGUUCUUAGGUUUACUGUGAAGAGAAUGUAUCCUGUAUCCGUGAAUUGCUUUAUGGGGGGGAGGGAGGGCUAAUUAUAUAUUUUGUUGUUCCUCUAUACUUUGUUCUGUUGUCUGAGCCUGAAAAGGGCGGAAGAGUUACAAUAAAGUUUACAAGCAAGAACCCGA